ACAUGCAAACAAACUUUGGCUCCACCUUUAGUGCUUGAAUCAAAUAGCUGAAAGAGUUCCUGUGUGACCUCUGAUCCUGAAAUGGCUGCUAUGAAGAAAGGACUGCUGGUUGCCGUUAUUGCUGCUCUUGCAGCUUUGAUUGGACACAGAUUCAUUAAACUGAAGGAAAUGUCUCUUGCCUUCAGAGAAGUGACACCGAAACACCUCGACUGUCAUUACAUAAAGAAUAUUGAAUUUGGUGCAGAGGACAUCACAAUACUUGAUGGGCUGGCCUUCAUAAGCACAGGCUUGAAGUAUCCUGGACUACCUUCCGUCUCUGAUGAACCAGGAAAGAUUUAUGUUAUGGACCUGCUGCACCCACAUCCACACCCUGUAGAGAUGGAAAUCAAAGGAGAUCUGGACCUGAACCUUUUCAACCCGCAUGGCAUUAGUGUGUACGCUGAUGAUGAAGAUAACAUCGUCUACCUGUUUGUUGUCAAUCACCCUGAGCACAGAAGCCAAGUAGAGAUCUUCAGUUAUGUUGAAGACUAUACCCUUGUUCACCUGAUGACUAUUACUCACCCGCUGCUCCACAGUGUGAACGACAUCGUUGCGGUUGGGGUAGAAAGCUUCUACGCCACCAACGAUCACUUCUUUACCAGCGACGCACUGCACAUGAUCUCCAUCCUGUUGGGUCUCCCCUGGUGUGACGUGAUCUACUACAGUCCACAGGCAGUGAGGGUGGCUGCUACUGGCUUUCUUUCUGCAAAUGGCAUCAACAUGUCGCCAGACAAACGGUACAUUUAUGUUUCAGACAUAACAGACCAUGAGAUAGAUGUUUUGGAGAGACAAGAAGGGCAACAUUUGGUGUAUGUUAAGUCUGUUGCUUUGGGGUCACUUUGUGAUAACAUUGAGGUGGACGACAAAACGGACUUGUGGUUGGGCUGUCAUCCAAAUGGCAUGAAGAUCUCCAACAAUCAGUCACAACUGCAAAAGCCUUUCAGAGUGAUCCGGGUCCAGAACAUACACUCGGAGCAGUCCAUGGUGACUCAGGUGUACGCUGACAAUGGCAGUGUGAUUAUUGGUUCAUCUAUAGCAGCUCGCUAUGAUGGAAAGCUGCUCAUUGGCACAGUGUACCACAAAGCCCUCUGCUGCAAUUUGAAAUAAUCUGUGUUCACAAAGACCCCC